AUGUCAUCCUCUAAUGAUACACAAAAAGUAAAUAACAACUCUACUCCUGCUGCUGCUACUCCUUCAACAACUGGUAGUAGUGGUAGUGGUGGAGUCCAUUCAAAUAUAGCAGACAAGAUCCAUGAGUAUAAAUGUAAGUCUGAAACAUCACCUAUGAAUACAGUGAAAGACUUGGUAAUGCCAGUGGAUGAGUAUCGUCCAGCUGGAUAUCAUUUAAAGAUGAUGCAGGUGAUCACUCGUCAUGGACGUCGUACACCAGAGUCCAAUCGAUAUCCACUUUCGCUAUGGUCGUGCAACUCUGUCGAUAAUCUCAUUGUCAACAAGGAUGCCAAUCGUCCAGAGUGCAACCUUGGUCAACUCACUGUGUUUGGUACUCGCGAUCUCAUCAACCUCGGUAAGAACUACCAUCGUAUGCUCAUCGACAAGGUUCACUUCCUCUCCGACGAGUACAAGCCCGACGAGAUAUUCGUGCGAUCGUCAGACCGCGAGCGUACCAUUAGUUCGGCGCGUUCUCUCAUGCACGGACUCUAUGGAGGUGCGUUCGCCGACGCCCAAGAACACAUGCUGAAUGCCGCCACCUCUUUUGUGAUCCUCCCGGAAGCGGUCGAGAAUAUCUACCCGCGUGGAUCGUGUCCGCGUUACGCAUUCCUCAAGUCGAUACUCCCGAAGCAUCCAAAGGUUCUCGAAGAGCAAAAGAACAGUAAACUCGAGGAUUUCUCACAGCGACUGCGUGAUAUCUUUGAGGCGUCGAAGGGAUACGACUCGCCUUUCUAUGUGCCGUCGUGGCGUUCCUAUGCCGGCUUGGUAAACUCGUUCGAUUGCUUCAAGAAUCACGGUUUGCCAUUGCCCGAGGGUUUCAACGAUGAGAUUGUCGAACGUAUGUAUCUGGAGGCAUCGAAGGAGUACAAGCGAAUGUCGUUGUUCCCCGAGAUGCAACGUCUUGGAAUCGGACGAUUCAUCGGUGACCUCAAUAAGCAACUCAAGUCAAAGGCAACCAACCAAGAGAAUACAAAGGAUCUCAAGUUUGGUUUGUACUCUGCACACGAUUCCACACUUGGUGCACUCUUGGUUGCCUAUGACAUGUACGAAGAAAACACACAUCCAGAGACAGCAUCGGCAUUGGAAUUCCUUUUGUUUGAAAAGGAUCAGAAUAAUAAUAAGAAAGUGGAAGACAGCAAACAACAACAAUUGGCAACAGAGAAUGCAGGAAAACCGACAACAAACCAACAACAACAACAGUUUGUAAAAGUUAUUUAUAAUCAGAAACCAGUGCACAUCAAGAAAUGCAAAGAAUUCGAAGUCGAUGAGAUGUGUCCAUAUGAGAAAUUCAUAGAGAUCAGUCAGGAAUUGAUUCCCAAAGACUGGAAUCAAGAAUGUAAAAUCUCAGAGGCCGAGAAAAAGUCAAUCAUUGAAGAGAUGAAAGCAUCACCAAAAUAUUAA